UUGCUGGUUCCCCUUCUAGAAACGACCAAUGAUUGGCUGUCUCAGAACGAGGGUGUGAGGUCACUAGGAAGCGCCGAGCUCUAGUUUCUAAAGUUGUUGUUGUUUAUGAGGAGCUAUGGAGAGCUGAUCUGUCGUAUCAGCCGCCUAGAGAACAGAUGGAUGACAUCAACGUACUACACCACAGAUGCCUCCUGAAUCUGAGGCGUCGAAUCAGAGAUAUUGGGGACGGGCGCCCUGCACAGGAACGAUACAUGAGGUUGCAGAAGGAUGGAGACGCACUCAGUUACCAAGGGAACUCUGAAGAGGUGGGUUGCUAUGUGGCUGGCCAUCCUUUAUCAAAGGGAAAUUGCUACUUUGAGGUGACAAUAGUGGACACAGGGGUGAGGGGGACCAUUGCUGUGGGCCUGGUGCCUAAAUUCUACAGGCUGGACCACCAGCCUGGCUGGCUGCCAUACUCUGUAGCUUACCACGCUGACAACGGCAAGUUAUACAAUGGCAACCCUGUGGGACAGCAGUUUGGGCCAAAGUGUGCUCGCGGUGACCGCAUUGGCUGUGGAAUACACUCAGAAAAUAUUGAAGCAGGUUUUAUUAUAGUCUUUUUCACCAAAAAUGGCAAAGAGGUCGGUUCAGUGGAGGUUCCCGUGUCUGCAGAGGGGCUGUUCCCUGCCGUAGGGAUGCACUCCAUGGGGGAGGAGGUGAAGGUCGACCUGCAGGCGGAGUGGUUCCUGGAGGAAGAUGAUAGUAUGAUGAUGGUGGACAGCCAUGAAGAUGACUGGGGGCGGCUUUACGACGUCAGGGUCAGCGGCACGCUCUUGGAGUAUGUUGGCAAAGGAAAGAGCAUCAUGGACGUGGGUUUGGCUCAGGCCCGCCAGCCGCUUACCACCCGCUGCCACUACUAUGAAGUGGAGAUCGUUGAUGCUGGGGAGAAGUGCUACAUUGCCCUGGGCCUGGCGAGAAGGGACUACCCCAGGAACAGACACCCGGGAUGGAGCCGGGGGUCGGUGGCGUACCACGCUGAUGAUGGCAAGAUCUUUCACGGCAGCGGGGUUGGAGAUGCUUUCGGUCCUCGCUGCUUCAAAGGUGACAUCAUGGGCUGCGGCAUCAUGUUCCCACGAGACUACAUCCUGGACGGAGAAGGUGACGUGGACGACUGGGAUCGGCUGGAUGUCCGUCCGGGUCACGCUGGCGUCCAGAACGUCCUGUACCUCAACGACGACGAAGAGGAGGAAGAGGAAGAUGGGGAAGAGGUAGAGCAGGGACAGGAAGGCAGGAAAGUCACGGUGUUCUUCACCAGGAACGGGAAGCUGAUGGGCCGGAGGGAGAUGGGGGUUCCUCCCGGCGGCCUCUACCCCACCGUGGGGAUGCUGAGCAGCGGAGAGAAGGUCAAAGUGGAUUUGCAUCCCCUCAGUGGAUGAGCUGAGCGCGUGGACUGGACUAGUGACGCCCUGCAAACAGCUGGCUGCACUGCAGAGCUCACCCACGGUAGCCUAGCAUGCUGCUAACACUCGCCAGAGCAGUUCAGCUGCACACAUGCACGUCUCGCUGUCCUCGACGCUGCCUCUGCUUUUAUUUAUAAGACCUGUACAGUUACACAAUCUCACAACCAGAUCAUCCUCCUGGUUGUAAAGUAGCAGAGAGGUCGUACAUGAGCUGCAUGCAGGAGUAGACAGCUGCACCUCAAAGCUAAAAAAACUCCUGGAAGAUAAUUAACUGUUAAUUCUAUGCAAUCUGUACUGCUAUCAUCCUCUCAUCUAACCUCCCUCUGCAUGCAGUGAAACACUGAGCUGUUAAGUCCCUCUCAUGAGGUCUGGCACACUUAGUUUAUUUCAUUUGUCACGACCCCAAGCAAAGCAGAGCGAGGCCAACAGUUGUGCCGAGUCAGAGCUCGUUGGCGGUUUAUGUUUCAGGGAAUAGACCCUCUCUCUCUCUCUCUCUCACACACACACACACACACACACACACUCUUUCUCAACCUCCCUCUCCCGGUCCUCUCUCUGGGUGAGGCUGCCCUCCUGUGAGCGAUCAGGGGACCUGCUGUUGCCCCACCUCGCUCGCUGCUCUCCCGGAGCUGGCUGGAAGUGAACCGAGGGAUCUGUUGCAAUAUUUCAGAAAUGCAUCCACGCUCAGAUUAUCGUGGGAAUAUUAUUACAGGUUUGGCAAUCAUAACCUCACAUACGAUGCUGUUACUGAGCAGCAUCAGAUCAGAGUGGAUGAACACAUUUCUGAGUGUUUUUAUAGUUUCGUGUUGGAGCCAGACUAGAAAUAAAAACACGUCAGGUAUAUUUUCUAUAAGGGGGAUCUGGAAAAUACACAUUUAAAAUGAUCUUCUACGUCAAAAGUUCAGGGAAUGUGUUUUGUUUUUGCACUUUUGAGGAGGCUGAGGAGACAUUUAGGGCAGACAUGAAUACAGUGGGUGGACAAAAUAUAUAUAAAAAAAACCUUCCAGUAUAAUGCAGUCCGGUGCAACACCACAAACAUCAGCCAUAAAAAGUAAAGGUAGAGUUAGAUUUCUUUUUUUGUUGCCUGUUUGUUUAUAUGUCGUCAAGGUGGCCGGCUUAUUCGCCCCUGCUUUUUUUGUUUUGUUUUGUUUUUUUGUUAGGUAAUAUAAUAUCUUUAUGACUACGAUUAUGAUUAUUAUUAAUAUUAUAAUUUUUCUUGUCCUUCAUUGGCUACUAGUUUGAAAAAGAAUAAAAACUAAGUAAAUGAAGUCCUUCGAAGAGGAAAAAAUAUUUAUCAGGGCUGUCAAUCGAUUAAAUAUUUAAUCGUGAUUAAUCGCAUGAUUGUCCAUAGUUAACUGUGAUUAAUUGCAAAUUAAUCACACAUUUUAUCUGUUCAAAAUGUACCGUAAAGAG